GUCAAGUCAACGUCAACCGCUUGUGAACAGCCACCCACACUCCCUACCAACUCACCGGCGGCGGCGCGCUCUUGGCGAUCCCGACAGCCUCCGGCGGCAGCUUCGCGGUCAGCGGUAUGGAAGAGUGCCUCGACGCCAAGAGCGGUGCCGCGGCUGCGGCGGCGGACGGCCUCCCCGACGACGCCAUCGUGGAGAUCCUCUCCCGCGUCCCCGCGAGGUCCAUCAGCCGAUUCAAGUGCGUCUCGAAGCCCUGGCGCGACCUCAUCGCCGACCCCCUCCACCGCAAGCGGCUCCCCCAGACCCUCGAAGGCUUCUUCUGCAGCGACGGAGCCGGCGCCGCCGGCGGUUUCCGCUGGCGCUUCAUCAGCCUGCCGGGGAGAUCCGCGCCUCUCGCCGAACCUUCCUCAUCCUUCCUGACGAAGCUGCCCGGGAUCAGGAAUAUUAGGCUCUUGGGUUCCUGCAAUGGGCUCCUCCUCUUUGAGGACGGUGGGAAUCCGGCCACGGCACCGGCCUACGUCGUUUGCAACCCCGCCACUGAGGAAUGGGUGGCCGUGCCCAGCGCAGGCUGUGCCUGUCCUGAUCCCUUAGAAGAGCGCACCGAUUUGAUUUUUGAUCCGGCUGUAUCGCCCCACUUUCACUUGGUCCAUAUCUGCCAGGAGGAUUUUAUGGGUGAGAUUGAGGUGCGUGCCUACUCGUCUGAGACCAGGGUUUGGAGUGACAGGGCAAGCCAACAGAGUUCAUGGCAAGAUGAAGGUGGAUUGGAACAAUGGGUUAAUGGUGGAGCCAUACUGAAAUCCAUGUUUGGCGGUGCCUUUGUUAAUAACAUGUUGCAUUUAGUCAUCUUCCUUCUUGAGGAGUAUCGGAUAGCUGCGGUGGAUAGGGGAGGGAAGACGUGUAGGAUCAUUCCCUGGCCAGAUAAGUGCAGUUUCCCACUUGUUGUUGGUCAAUCCCAAGGGCGCCUGCAUUGUGUGGGUAGAUUGGAGGAACGAGAAAGAAACUGUUUAAAAUGGGCUGGACUCUCCAUUUGGGUUCUUGACGACUAUGAUACAGAAGAAUGGGUCCUCAAGCACAGGGUGAGCUUCUUGGAGCUGUUUGGACAAAUGAGUUGCCAUUAUGGUUAUAACAUCAAUGUGCUCGCCGUUCAUCCUGAUCGCAAUUUGAUUUUCAUUGUUCAAAAGAGCAACCAGAAGCUGAUAUCAUAUGACAUGGACAGUAAGGAAUUGCAUGCUUUCCACUCUCUUGGACACAACUAUGGUUCUCUUACUCCAUAUGUUCCCAAUUUCAUGGAGUUGGUGGUUACAAAUUGUAACAACCCAAAAUAGUUAAUCAUGUCAUGGAGCAUACAUGUGCAGGUAAGUUGGUGCUCGACGAGGACGUCGAGUCCUUGAGGGUGGGAGUGGUUUAAGGCUCAUGAGCCGAAAUGGCCUUAUGGCCACUCCACCAGGUAGCAUGUAUGUGUUUAGUCCCAUACUGCUAGCCAAAGGAGAGUGAGGCCAACUUAAAUAGCCGGUGCUAGGAAGCAUUGCAACCUCGGGUUAACCCUUUUACGCAAAGCGAGGACGAAAGCGUAAGCAGAUUGCGGUGUAGGUGUGGUCCACUCAGCGUGUGGAGUGGGCAUGAGCCGUUUUCCUAGGCUGGGUUGUUACACAAAUGGACAUUGAAAUGCUGCUUUUGGGGUACUCAUGGGGACAUUGACCAUCAUUUAUGGAGAAGCUAACAAGUAGCAACUUGGGUGAAUGAAAUCUGUUGGAACUAGCUGAUACAUUGCUGGGUGAUUUGGACGUAUUCCCUUUCAUGCUUUUUGGUCAAAUUAAUACUACAUGCUAGUUGAGAGACAUGUAUGUAAGGCAGCUUUACAUAUGCUAGUUACCUUAUUGAAUGCAGUUGCCAAGCUUGUGCUGGUUUACGUUAAGACCUCAAUUUAUGUGUUUCAACCUUCAACUGCUACCUUUUGUGUUUUCAGAAUUAUAAUCAUCCUACAUGUAUCUUUUUCUGGUUGGCUUUAGUAGUGAGUGAUUACUAACUGUGAUUUUUAUUUCCUCAGUCCUGUAUGUGCUUAUUUAUGCUGAACAAACGAAUCUUCCAUAUAUUGUAAAUACUUGACGGCCUAAAUAGAAAUAUCUGUCAACUGUCA